AUGUUCCAGCACCUGCUCCUCCCACUUGUGAUACUCGCCAUCAGCCCCAUCCCAGGAGCCUUCGAGGACUCAGUACUCAGUCCUGCCCAAGAAGAACUUGAAGAUCUGGACUGCGGUCACCCUGAGCCCUCUGACCGAAUCAUGGGGGGCUCAGAUGCACGGCCGAGAAGCUGGCCGUGGCAGGUAAGCCUGCAUCACGGAGGAGGCCACAUCUGCGGAGGCUCCCUCAUCGCCCCCUCCUGGGUCCUCUCCGCAGCUCACUGUUUCGUGAACAACCGGACCUUGGAGCCCGCGGCCGAGUGGUCUGUACUGCUGGGCGUGCAUUCCCAGGAUGGGACCCUGGACGGCGUGCAAGUCCGCGCAGUGGCGGCCAUCCUGGUGCCAGACAACUACAGCAGUGCGGAACUGGGCGCCGACUUGGCCCUCCUGCGCCUUGCCUCGCCUGCCAGUCUGGGUCCAGCCGUGAGGCCAGUCUGCCUGCCCAGGGCCUCGCACCGCUUUGCUUACGGCACCACCUGCUGGGCCACGGGCUGGGGGGACGUACAAGAAAAAGACCCCUUGCCUCUCCCCUGGGUGCUGCAAGAAGUGGAGCUAAGGCUGUUGGGAGAGGCCGCCUGUCAGUGUCUCUACAGCCGGCCCGGCCCCUUCAACCUCACUUUUCAGCUAUUGCCAGGGAUGUUGUGUGCUGGCUACCCAGAGGGUCGCAGGGACACCUGCCAGGGAGACUCUGGGGGGCCCCUGGUCUGUGAGGAAGGCGGCCGAUGGUUCCAGGCAGGAAUCACCAGCUUCGGCUUUGGCUGUGGACGGAGGAACCGGCCAGGAGUCUUCACUGCUGUGGCUUCCUAUGAGGCUUGGAUUCGAGAACAGGUGAUGGGCUCAGAGUCUGAGCCUGUCUUUCCCAGCCAGUCCCCAGAGCUCCAGUCAGGCCCCUGGCAGCUCAAGGAUGAGAACUGCACCAUCACCCUGCCAGAGUGCGGGAAAGCCCCACAGCCAGGGGCCUGGCCCUGGGAGGCUCAGGUGAUGGUGCCAGGAUCCAAACCCUGCCAUGGGGCGCUGGUGUCUGAAAGCUGGGUCUUGGUACCUGCCAGCUGCUUCCUGGAGUGAUCUCUAUCCCUCGACCCCAGGAGCACAGACCGCCCGCCCCGCGACCUGGACAAUUGGCGCGUGCUAUUGCCCUCGCGCCCUCGCCCGGAACAGGUGGCGCGCCUCGUGCCUCACAAGAACGCCUCCUGGGACGACACCUCUGACCUGGCGCUGCUGCAGCUGCGCGCGCCCGUGAACCUGAGCGUGGGCCCGCGGCCAGUGUGCCUACCUCACCCAGAACAUUAUUUCCUGCCGGGAAGCCGCUGUCGCCUGGCUCGCUGGGGCAGCGGCGGACCUGCGUCUGGCCCCACCGCGCUGCUGGAGGCGGAGCUGUUAAGCGGCUGGUGGUGUCACUGCCUGUACGGCCGCCAGGGGGCGUUGGUUCCACCGCCCGGGCACCCGCCGCACAAGCUCUGCCCCGCCUACCGGGAGGAGGAGGAGGAGGCGGGCCACUGCUGGAACGAAUCAAGUUGGAGCCUUCUGUGCCAGGAGGAGGGGACCUGGUUCCUGGCUGGAAUCAGAGACUUCUCCAGUGGCUGCCUACGUCCCAGAGCCUUCCACCCUCUGCAGACCCACGGCCCAUGGAUCGGCCAUGUGACUCAGGGAGCCUACUUAGAGGACCAGCUGGCCUGGGACUGGGGCUCUGAGGGAGAGGAGACUGAAACACAGAUUUGUCCACCCCGCACAGAGCAUGGUGCCUGUGGCCUGCGGCCAGAGCCCGGUCCGAUGGGGCUCCUGUGGCCCUGGAUGGCAGAGGUACAUGUUGCUGGUGAUCGAGUCUGCACUGGGAUCCUCGUGGCCCCAGGCUGGGUCUUGGCAGCCACUCACUGUGUCCUCAGGCCAGGCUCUACAACAGUACCUUACAUUGAAGUAUACUUGGGCCGGGCAGGGGCCAGCCCCCUCCCACAGGGCCAGCAGGUAUCCCGGUUGGUCAUCAGCAUCCGUCUGCCCCGGCACUUGGGACUUCGCCCCCCACUGGCCCUCCUAGAGAUGAGCUCCCGGAUAGAGCCCUCCCCUUCAGCCUUGUCCAUCUGCCUUCACCCAGGGGGCAUCCCCCUGGGGGCCAGCUGCUGGGUGUUGGGCUGGAAGGAUCCCCAGGACCGAGUCCCCGUGGCUGCUGCUGUUUCCAUCUUGACAUCACGACUCUGUCACUGCCUCUAUCAGGGCAUCCUGACUCCUGGGACUCUCUGUGUCCUGUAUGCAGAGGGGCAAGAAGACCGGUGUGAGGUGGCCUCAGCACCUCUGCUCUUGUGCCAGACUGAAGGAGGCUCCUGGGUCUUCGUGGGCAUUGCUAUUCAAGGAAGCCGGGAGCUGUUUGCCACCACUGGCCCUGAAGAGGCCUGGCUCUCCCAUACAGUGGGAGAGGCCCAUUUCCUGCCCCCCAGUGGCUCCCCCUACUGGCUCCCUGAAGGCAGCAACCUCUGCCCCCUAGACAUGGCUGGGGCCUCAGGCUCCUCUUCUGCUGUUCUGUUCCUGCUGCUACUGACUCCCCUAAUCCAGGGCUGAGGGGCCUGGGUCCCUGGGCCACCUCCCUUUGUCCUUCCCCCAUCCCCUCCAGCCCUCCACUUCCACCCCAGUGGGGCUGGAAUGUGACCUAACUGGUUUUUAUUCCCUUUGCUCCUCCAGAGCUCCCCACCCACCUAGACUGCACUGGCUUCCCAUAACUGCGUCUCAGUGCCCAGCUAUUUUGUGCCCUGGAAUUCUUGGGGGCAGCAGGAUCAGCCAAUAAAGGUGUAAACAGAUACGUGGGCCUUGUGGCAUUGCUGAGGGCAGGCUGGGGGUACUAGAGGGAAGCCCAAGGGAUAAGGCCCCUCCCUCCUGGGCCACUGUGAGUCAGGCGUUGGGCUCCCAGGAAAUGUG